UGCUAAUAUAAUGUGAUGCCAGUGUUGUGACUGCCGCUUGAGCAAAACGGGGAAUCCGGAAUCCUGAAACGGAAAUUACAUAAUGUGCUUGAUUCGUAUUUAGAGUGUUUGAAUCCCGCAAAAAGGAAACCGCCUGCAAAAAUGUUCUCCUGCUGCCGAUCGAAUCCCAAGGUGGGCAAGAAGGAAAAGGAUAAAAAGACCGAGGAGGAUGGAGAAAAGGCCACCGAAAAGGGGGAAACGCAGCUGAAUGGGAAACCGGAGAUUCGGGAGGAUAGCCAGAAGGAUUCACCAAAAGAGGAGCCUCUCAAACCAGAAAAGGGCACAACAGAAGCGGAUAAUCCUGUAGAUGAAGGCACCCAGGCAAACCUCACUGCCCAACCAACUCUGGCUGAAGCAGCUAACAAAUCACCACCAACUUCAGCACCAGCACAAGUUACAGCUUCAAAGACAGUUCCCGCACCCAAAGAAUCGGAGGCGAUUGCCCGCUCGACGCACUCUUCCACAUCAACGGCACCACCUGCUUCGAUGACCAGCGCCGAUGCGGAGGAAUCGGGUGAUGUGGUGGUGGCUGCAGUUACUCCGACCACACCGCCACCCCAACCACCGCCCACCAAGAGCUGCCUGUCCAGACACAACUCCACACAUCAGUCAAUCAAAAAGAAGGUUAACAUCAGCAACAGGGCGGAGAUUAUUGAGCCGGAUGAUCCGCUGCCCCUGCUCCUGCUGGCCAGCCAGAACCAGAAUUCCCUGCUGGACGACGACGAGGUGUUCUCCGAUUCACUGCCUCCACCGAAACGGGAGAGCAUGUGUGCGCCGUACAUCGAGGGGGAUGUCGUUUCGGAGACACUGUUCUUUGCCCACGGACUACCCUCCUGGUUCGACGACGAACGACUCAAUGAGAUCGGCUGCAUCGAGCCACCGGUCACGCCGGUGGGACGCGACGAGCUGGAGCUCAAGCGCCAGCGUCUCUACACGGAGCUCCUGCGGGCAGCUCACGCGGCUGUGGAGCACAGCGUGGCCGUGCGGGAUAACGAGCCGGAAGCCAAGCCCACGGCUGCUGUUCAGCACUUGGAGAGCAUUUGCGAGCGACUGGAGACCCUCGUCGACCGAUUGGAACGGACUCUAACAGCGCCACAGCCGAUUGAACUGCCCACACCCACACUCCCGCCCCCGCCAACCGAAGAAGAAGUUGAAGAAGCUCUUCCAGUUGCAGAGAAAGCAGAAACACCACCACCACCUCCUUCACCGCCCAGCAACAACAUGAGUGUCGCCGGAUUUGAGGACAUUGUGGCGGGCCCGCUGAGCCAGUAUCUAUCCCUCUCCGCCAAAAUUGGCGGCGAUGUUGCCCAGCAUGCGGAGCUCGUAAAGAGCGCCUUUGGCUUCCAACUGCAGUACGUGACGCUGGCCACUCAGGUUGCCCAGCCGGCACAGCCCAAGCAGGCGGAGCUCCUAAAACCGACCUCGACCCAGAUCAGUGCCAUUCAGGACUUCCGCGAGAAGCACCGCUCUUCGGCCUUGUUCAACCACCUGUCGGCCAUCAGCGAGAGUAUUCCCGCUUUGGGAUGGGUGUGCGUGGAGAAGACUCCGGGUCCGUAUGUCAAGGAGAUGAAUGACGCCGGCCAGUUCUACACGAACCGUGUGCUCAAGGAGUGGAAGGAGAAGGAUGUCACGCAUGUGGAGUGGGCCCGCGCCUGGGUGCAGACCCUCACCGAGCUGCAGGCCUACAUCAAGCAGUAUCACACCACGGGUCUGGUUUGGUCCGGCAAGGGAGCUGCUCCCGCUGGCGGUGCCCCGCCGCCACCACCACCUGGUGGUCUGCCCCCACCGCCACCGAUGCUGGAUCUGAGUGCUCUUAAGCUGGACAGCGCAGGGGAUGAUCGCAGCGCCCUCUUCGCCCAGAUCAACCAGGGUGCCGACAUCACCAAGAGCUUGAAGAAGGUCACUGGUGACAUGCAGACCCACAAAAAUCCAUCUCUGCGUACAGGACCGGCUCCGUUCAAAUCGCCAGCCCAAGUGGGCGGAAAACAAGCCGCUGCUGCUCCAUCGAGUGCGGCUGCCAAGGCGCCCGUUUUUGAGCGCGAUGGCAAGAAGUGGAUCAUCGAGUACCAGAAGAACAACACCGGACUGCUGGUGGAGAACGCCGAGAUGAACAACGUGGUGUAUGUGUUCCGCUGCGAGGGAUCCACGCUGACCGUCAAGGGCAAGGUGAACAACAUCGUGUUCGACUCUUGCAAGAAGUGCUCCCUGCUCUUUGACUCGGUGGUGGCCUCCGUGGAGUUUGUCAACUGCCAGAGCGUUCAGAUGCAGGUGCUCGGCUCGGUUCCGACGGUUUCGAUCGACAAGACCGACGGAUGCCAGAUGUAUCUGUCCAAAGACUCUCUUGGAGUGGAGAUUGUCAACUCCAAGUCCUCGGAGAUGAACAUCCUUUUGCCCGACGCUUCCGGCGAUUAUACCGAGUUGGCUCUACCGGAGCAGUAUAAGACCACCAUUGCUGGCAAGACCCUCAAGACUGUUUGCGUGGACAGCCUCGGCUAAUGUGGUUUCCCUUUCAGGGAUCCGAUCCGUUGCUUUUCCAACUAUCAUCAGCAAAAUUAGCCAGUCAGCAAUCAUAAUUGUAUUUAAAUAUAAGCGCAAAGUUGUCGUAAUUCUGAGAUUUUAAGAUCAAACUUUUCGUAAUGAUGAUGUUGCCAAACUUUGCUAUCCUGGCUAGUGGAAAGUAUUUAUAUAAUUUAUUUCAAUGGAAAAGCGAUGGCCACAAAACAACCGAACCCAAUGUAUUUAUAUCGAGAGUGUGUGUAAUGAAACUGAGCACCUAAUUCGAUCUUUUGAAGCAGACUCUUUACCCGAUCAUCAGAUGUAACUCUUUUUAUAUUCUAUUUAAAUAAAAUUUAAACAUUUUUUAUCAGAUAAA